AUGAAGUACUAUUUGUUAGUUGUAGAGCUCUUCUUGCUCAAUCCGGGCUGCAUAUUGGCGAAGUCUGAAGAGUGCGGGCUGCAACACUCGAUGGCUGGUAUGGCUCAGGAUGGAGCUGCCUGCAUGGCUUAUAUGCCUACCUGGACCUACGACUCAUCCAAAAAUGCCUGUAUUGAGUUCAUCUAUGGUGGCUGCGGUGGCAAUAAGAAUCAGUUUGGCAGCAAAAUUGAAUGCGAGCAAUCUUGUAAGGACUAA